GGGACAAUUCUGUAUUUUGUGUGGACAGUGUAAUCAUCAUCGAGUAAUCAUCUGUAUUCAGUGCCAAAGGUAAAUGAAACAUUUUAUUAUUACUGUCAGUCCACCAAGGAUAAACUAUGUUUGUAUCAGCCUACACCAAAAACAAACUUAAUAUUUUGAAUAAUCCUUCACCCUUUCAAAUCCACCUUCUGCUACUAGAGUGUCAUCACUUUCUUAACCCGUAACUGUUACUACCGGGUCUGUACGACCCAGCGAUAUAUUUGCAUACCCCUCCCUUACCGGCCAAAAAGCGCAGACAGUUGAUGAUCCAUGACUUCUCGUCCACUCCAGUUCUGUUUAGACUGUUAUGCAGAUCGCAUCGAUUCUUUCGAUUUUUAACAAAGUACAUGCUAGUUAGGGUCUGAAAGACCCGGUGAUAGUAAUAAGGGGAGUAUUUCACUGUAUGAACAUAACCAGUGAAUAUGGACAACAGAAAACUUUUAACUGAGAAAGAACUUGCUGACAUACUAACAAAUGAAGAUUUUUGGGCCGAUGAAGAAAUUACAGGAGAAGAUUGGACAGGUCCUUCUAGCUCCCAAUGUAUAACAGCUGAUGAUGAAAUGGAUGCGACAAAUAUUAUUCUUCUUGAUGGGGACAAAAGCAAGGAAGGGGAAUCUGAUCAUGAACUGUUCAGUAAUCAUGAUACAGAAAGUGAAGAUGAUGAGUGGGUACCCGAUAAUGAAGAAAACUCUAUAGUGAAUACAGAGUAUAGCGGUUGUGAAAACGAGGAUUCUAAUGAACAAAAUUUUGGUGUAGAUAGAGUGGAAGAAACUAUUUGUAAAAAAAGAUUUUUUUAUGGAAGAUUGGAUAAGAAACCUGCAAAACCUUGUAUAAAAUGGUCACAACAAUAUCCAAUUAGAGGGCGAGAGCGAGCAGAGAAUAUUCACACCAUUCUGCCUGGUCUAAAAGGUCCUGCACGAGAAAACCCCUCAUCUGAAUCUCCAUUACAAGCAUGGAGAUUGAUUAUUUCUGAUGAUAUCUUGACAGAGAUUGCUACAAACCCUAACAAAAAAAUUGAUCCCAUGUGAGUGAAUUAGUUCAUUCAAAACCAAACGUAACUCAAGAUAUAAAUUCCAUCCCCGUUUCAUACAACCUACAAAUAAAGUUGAAAUAGAAGCAUUUAUUGGCCUAUUAUAUUUGCAAGGUACUUUCAAAUCUGGCCACGAGCAACAGAUGGAACAGGUAGAGACAUUUUUCGGUGUACCAUGACGUUAGCUAGAUUUAUAUUCCUUUUAGCUGCCAUUAGAUUUGAUGACUUCGAAACGCGAGCUGAGCGUCGUGAAACAGAUAAACUUGCUCCAAUUUAAAAUAAAUUCAAAAAAUUUGUAGAAAAUUCAAAAACUAACUACACUCCUGGAAUAUUCCUAACAUUGGCAAACAAACCGGCAAAGUACGGCAUUCAAAUUAAGAUUUUAGCUGAUUCGAAAACACAUUAUAUGUGCAAUGCUGAAGUGUAUACCGGAAAAGAAAUCAAUGCACUAGAAAGUAGCAAACAAUCCAAAGAAAAAUCACUUUCUCAUCCUACACAAGUUGUUAUGCAAAGGACGGAAUCAUUCUACAAUUCCAAACGAAAUCUCACUGCAGAUAAUUGGUAUACAUCUAUCAAGGCAGCUCGGGAGUUGAAAGAAAAAGGUCUGACAUAUGUAGGACCUAUGAAGAAAAAUAAAAGCGGAAUACCUGCCGCAUUUUUAUCAUUCAGAGCUAGAAAAGUGGGUUUCUCCCUUUUUGGUUUCACAUCUAAUCUUACUCUUGUCAGCUACGUCCCACAACAGAAUAAAAGUGUCGUUUUGCUAUCCUCUAUUCACCAUGACAAUCGAAUUGAUGCUGCCACAAAAAAACCUGAUAUAAUACUGUUUUAUAAUAGUACCAAAGCCGGGGUAGAUGCAUUAGACGAAAAGUGUGCCAAGUAUACUACAUCUCGUCGUUCUAGAAG